AUGCUUAUUCAUGGCGUUUUGCACGUUGAUGCACGCAUUACGUCAGUACGCACGUCAGAUUACGAACACAUGUCACGACGCAUGCACACAGGCAUCCAGCGCGGCACAGCAAAUGGGAAUCGCUUCACACAAAUGAGGUAAGUUAUACAUUUAAUGUUUAGUAUAUAUUUGCACUGUAUGACACUGUCAUUAUCUUGAUAAAGACCCUGAAGGGUCGAAACGUUGAUGUAAAGGUGGGGAUUAUUUUUUGAAAUAUAAUUGGAAAACCGAGAGAGUGCUCCUGUCUUUACUUUGUUUAUAUGCUCUGCAAGGAAGCAAUUUAUUUAUUGAUUAUUUUUAUUAUAUAUAUAUAUAUAUAUAUGUAUAUAUAUAUGCCAAUAGAUAUAAUACACGUGGGAUACAGCUGCUAAACCUAAAAUACAAUUAAAAAAAAAUAGCAUAAUACAGCUGAUGGAUAUAUAAUAAUCCCUGCAUCAACGGUACUGUGCUAUGUUCUUUUUUUAAUUAUAUUUUAGGUUUAGCUGCUUACUCCCAUGUGUAUUAUAUCUAUUGGCUUGUUUAGACGUAACACUACUUGGGAGGUGUUUGGUGGAAAGCUGUUCUUUAUUUAUUGAUAAGUAUAUGCUAUUUAUUCUUUUGUUCUUUGUUAUUUAUAUAUAUAUAAUUAUACAGAAAAAUAUUAAAAUACACUUUUAAUAAUGAUUUUUGUAUGUGCAUAUAAAAGUACUUAGAUCAUAUUUAAAGUACUUUUAUUUACUUUUUAAAACUUUUGUGCAGGAAUUAGGGGGACUGCCUGAGAGCUCAGCUGCAGUAGCCUGCUAUUCCGGCCAUGUGAUAGCGAGGACCCCGUGAUCCAUGACCCAGGAGAGCUGGAUCGGGCAGGGGGGGGGGCCUGCUUUAGCUCCCAGGCAGUCCCCAAGAUCGCGAUCAGGUAAGUGGGAUAUUUUACUAAUGGACGUACCAGGUACGUCCGCGGCCGUUAACGGAUGUUUUUUGUCAGAGGUAUCUGGUAUGUCCAUGGUAAGGAAGGGGUUAAAGGUAAACUCCCUCGGCGCUGGCUCCAACUCCACCCCACGCUCGCAUUAGGAUAGGACUUCCUUCAUGGGAAAGCAUUAUACAGUGCUUUCAUAUGGGGUUUCGGGUGACGCUGGAUGUCCUCAUACAUAGCGUGAGGACGUCCAGCCUCAGGCAACUAAAAGUCUGGUAGACAGCCUCUAGAGUUGGAGUUAACCAUCAACGGUAAUUGUUACAGUUUAUUGAAAACUGCAAUGAUUACCUUGGCAGGGAUUAGGGACCUGGGGCACUGCACCCAGACCACUUCAAUGAGCUAAAGUGGUCUUGGCGCCUAUAGUGUCCCUUUAAGUGGAACUGCUGAAUAAACUCAUCCUUUCUGUAUAACCUAAUGAAAAAAACUUAAGCUAAAUAAUUGUGGAUUAGUGGAAUUGCUAACACCCUAGUACCACAGGGUUUAUAUUUUGUGUCCCUAAUUUUCUUUAAAAAUCAGUCUUCCUCUAUUGCCAAGUUACUUCCAGAUUUACACGUCUUGCAGUGGUAUUUGAUUAAUAUUGACUUUUCUAGUUUGUGUGUUGGGGAACUGCUCAUACAUUAAGCUGCUCAUAUAUUAAAAUGGCACACAAACCUGUAUUAUUAAUGCCAUGAGUGCCCUAUUUGCAGGUUUGUUUUAGGUUCCAAUCCCCUCCCUCAUCCUUUUUACUUUUCUUUAUUCCAGUAUCGAGACUUCCUCGGCGCAGUCAGCCACUCCACCUCCUGUGACAUCAUCCAGCUCUCGAGCCUAUGGCCAAAAUAAUGUGCAUGCACAGUGAAAGCUGCGCAUUCAUUCAAAUGCUUCACAUAGGAAAGGAUUGAAUUCGAUGAAUUUUUCUAUGAGCGUCCACUUCUUGUGAUUGAGUUUUUGAUUCUUUGGUCCUUUAAACUAAAUCCUUGGCAAUAGGAGCAUAUGCUAUGUUCAUGAAAUUGGGUUCUUUGCUUAAAGACAACUAUGUGGUUAUAUCAGAGAUCAGAAUUUCAGGUCAUUUACUACUAACUGGUCCUAAAAGCUACUUGCCGUGGCAUGUGACCACUGGAAAUAGACAGGACAACCAUACCCACAGCCACCCUCACCCCAAAUGACUCGUACACCAUCAUCUGAGAAUCUACUAACUGCGCAGUUUAAUUUGGCAGAGUUAUAGAACAUCCUGGAAAAACAAAGUUAAAUAGUUUACUAAAGUUCCCAUCCGGUGCUUCCCUAUAUCCGCCUGGCACGUGUACCCAAUAACUGCUGAGUGCAGAAUACACCCUGUCCUUUGGGCAGGUGCCAAGGUCACCAUCUGACAUAAAAUGGAAGUGUCUAAUAGACCAUCUUUCAUUCUGUACCAUGAGACCUUGCAUGUUCGUAGCUCUGAUCUUGGCUGGUAAGUUCUGUGUUUCAAUGUUUAAUGUGCUUCAUCUAUGAUGCAUAGGGAAACAAUGAAGCAGGAAUCAGCAUGAUUUUAGGAUCUGUGUACAGGGGUCAGAGAGUUUCCUCAGAAUCUCUGGGAGGGAUACAGUGUUUCUCAUUAAGAGUUCAAGAAAUCCAUUCUGUUGAGGGUACUUUAAGUCUGGAAUUAAGGAGAUUUUGCAGGACUUGCAUCGUUUUUUGCAGAAAGCAUUGAAAUAAAAUGUUUUUAAAAAUAAAACCCUCUCACUAAUCCAGUAAAUGUUAAUUGAUCUUGUUUACUAACCCGAAUUGUCAAAGCUUUGUGUAUAGUAAUUGCCAAUAAUGAACAAUUUGCAACAUUUUGGUCAAAAAGCACUUUUUCUAAUAAUUUAAUUGAAUAGUAUCUAAUGAUAGUCAUUUAAUGGAUUUGUUAAAUUUUAAUUAGGCCAUUCCAUCAUGUUAAUUCACUUUUAACUUUCACUUUCUUUCAGACAACUUCACUUUUAUUUUCCCUUCUUCUAACUUGACAGCUCUUUCUAAGUAUCAUCCUAAAUACAUGGAUGGUACUGGUUUCCGAUGUGUAAAAUAAAACAUACAAAUACAAUUAUUCAUGCAGCGCUGCACAAUAUGAAGGAAAACAAAUAUUUAAAGGGACACUCCACCAUUUAAAUACAAAAUAAAUAAAAAUCACUGUUUAGUAGAUAUAACCCACUGAAGAUGUUGCUGCAUGAAGAAAGUGAUUUUAUUCCUAAAUGGAAGAGAAUUGAGCAAUGAGACUACAUUGAUCUAUAUACCAAAAUUACUUCAUUAAAGGGACACUCUACUGCCCAAAUACAAAAUAAAUAAAAAUCACUGUUGUAAGUAGAUAUACCCCAAACGAUAACUUGCAUGCAUCUAAAUAUGCAUUUUUUUAAUUGGAGUUAUAUCUAAAAACAGCUUGCAAAAACUGCAGCUCUCUUCUCUGCUGCCUUUGCAAGCCCUCUUUUACUAACCCUGCCCAGACUGUCUGUGGCUGUCCUAUCACAAACUUCUCAAUACAGCUCAAUGAGAAGUCUUUGCAAAGAAGGUGCUCUGGACAAUUGCUGCCUCUGCAACUAAGCUAAUCAAACCAGGAAGUAACAGGACUUGUUAUCUGAUUGAUAGCUAGGGGUAUGUCACUAGUAUCAUUUAUAAAAGUGUCAAUUUCUAAUGAAAUCUGUACUUUUUUCAAAAUGAAAAAAUAGGACACACUCUUCACACAUAAAGCUUUUUAGCAAGCUAAAGUGCUCUAUGGGUCUGGAGUGUCUCUUUAAUUUUAACAAAAUAUGUAUGACAUACGGGAAUAGUACUAGAAGGUCUUGCCCAAACAAGCUCAUAAUCUAAAGGACAUACAAAAUGGGAAUUUAACCAGGGAUUGGCCAUGUGUUGUUCAGUUAAGUUAUUUUAAGGAAUAGUUUUCAAUCCACUGAUUCACUAUAAAUAUUGUGGAUGCUUUUCUUGUGUAAAUUCAAUAGACAAUUAAAGUGUUGGUUCUUUAAACGAGAGAAAUCUCAAUGUAUCUUUCGUGGUAAAAUAUUUUAUAAAUAAAAAAAAAUUUGUAGAGGCUGUCAGGGGAGAUAAUUGCCUAAAAAUUCUACAUCAUAAAUUUAAAAUAAAAAAUAAAUACAGGGUGCAAAAACUCCAGCCCAACAAUAUUUAGCAAAAUAGAGUGCAAUCACUGAAGGGAUUAUUAAUCCAUAAAACAGACCAUUCAGUCGACUUUUCGAUUCUCUUACACACUUUUGUCAAGAUAAAUAUAUAUAUAUAUAAAUGUAUUGAUAAUGGAUUUCUUGUCAAAUGCAUUAUUGUGUAAAGGAAAGUAGUUAUUUUUUUAUUUUUUUGCCAAGAUGUUAGGAAGAACUGUGAUGUAUCUACUCUGCUUCUUUGUCUUUGCUCCUUCUCUCAUUUAUCUAUACAGUAAUUUCCAUAAUAGGCUGUGCAUUUAUGUGUUUUAUGUGAAUAUUUUUAUAUAUCUUUUCUAUGAAUCCAGACAGCAGAGCAGAAUCAGAACCUUUGCCGACAGGCAACAGUAACUGACCACAACAACAGAAAAAGUAAUACUUCUUAUAUCUCGGAAUGAUAGAAAAACUCACACACACACACACAACCCCCAUACCUUUUCUCCCUUGUAUCUCAGUUCUCUGCAAAGAGCUCUAUUUCCUUGGUACAGCCGACUGCGCCAAAAUUGAUUCAUUGGUGAGGAAGGGACAUGUCUUAUUACAGAUUUAUUUUAAAAAUAUGUUUGCAAACCAUACUACAUGAUUAAAUUAAAUGCUCUAUAAUGCAAGCCUGUACGUACUAUGACCGGUAUACUUUAAAAAAACAGACUUGCACUCAACAUGUAGUACCUAUCCUUGGGACCAACUGCAGUGUGAUUUAUUAAACCAUCUAUAAUAAAAUAUAUACUUUCUCGCCACUAGAUGGUGCUAUAUGUAUUUUCAUUUUUGAAUGUCUCAGGAAUCUUCCAGUCUCUAGAAGUGUAUUAGUUGGGUAAACAGAAUGUUUGCCUUUCAUGCAUGAUUUAUGUGUUGUUUAUCCUAAUUUACACAGUUAUACAUUAUACACGUUAUACAAGUAGAGAUAUGUACGUGUGUGUGUAUAUAUAUUGGCCUGUAUGUGGCUGAUGAACAUUGACACAUUGAUAUAUAGAGAGUAGAACAUUUUCUGCACAAUUUUCAAAUUUCAUUUUUGAAUAGAUUAAUAUUAAUUGGCACUUGAAGUGUACAUUAAGAAUAUGAUUUCUAUUAGUUUUUUGUUUUCUUUUUCAAACUCAGUACUCAUAUAUAAUUAAUGAUAUAUGGACCCAAGUCUUAAAUUAAUUGUACUCUUCCACAUGACAUGUAAUUGAAGUAAAAGCCACUGAUGAGCCUCUGAUUGCUAUCUGAGCAGACAGAGCUUCCUAUUCUAUAUUUGUUCCCACCAGGAAUGGCUCUGGUUCUGGAGUCCUAGGGAACAGAAAGUCGCAUUCAGAAUAAAGGACAACUCCAGGCACCAUAACAACUUUGUACUAUAAAAACUAUAUUGUGAUAAAGAGGUCCCAGGCGCUAGCUUACUUUAAGGUGUUAAACCACUAAUAAAAAGUACUCAAACUGGCAUCCGAUCCCUUUGCCCCUGUAUCUCCACUCAAUCAUAAAGCCACUAGAUUCCCGUUGAGAAAAGAAAGUGAGAAAGAUGCCUACCUUUUUUCACUCUCUCUGUUCAGAGACAGAGGUCACUGAGUGGCAAUACAGGGGCAGAUCGAUUCAGCGGCAGCUUGAAGACUGUGAAGUUAAACUGUUCAGUAACCUUAAACCCCUUCAUGUAAGCUGGUGCCUGGGCACUCCUCGCACCAUAAUAACUUUAUUGAGAUGAAAAUCUGUAUCAAAGUACUUGAAUGUUAUUUAUUUAUUUUUUUAACUGUUCAUGUUCAAACAUUUAAUUAAUUUCCUCCCCUCCUCUCUUCUUCAGUCUGGGUGGUCUCCAUCCAGCCACAGCGUAGAAGCGUGCCGCAGUUCGAGCGUAUAAUAAGAUGCACUAUACCUGGCAGCAAUCCCAUCCUUGAUUAUAACAAUUAUGGAUGUUAUUGUGGGUUUGGAGGUUCUGGCACACCUGUGGAUGAUCUGGACAUGUAAGUUCUUUAAAAAACACUGUCUUUGUACUAGGACUGGAUCUAAUCUGAUUUUUAUGUUCUGCUAAUUCAGCUUAAAUCAUACACAGGAGGCUGCUGUAGACAGGCAAAUAACAGCAAAAGAGAUGAAAACUUCUCAAACAUACUGUGCAAUAAGGAAAGCUUAAAAAAAAAUCUGUAAGUACACAGGGACGCUAUGUGAGCCUCAGCCACGGGAGAUGUGGCUAUAACUGCAUGGAGGAAGUAAUUUAAUCCUAGAUGGAAGAGAAUUGAGCAAUGAGACUACAGUGAUCUAUAUACCAGAAUCACUUCAUUAGUGGGACAUUCCACUGCCCAAAUAAAAAAAUAAAUAAAAAGCAUUGUUUAGUAGCUAUACUUUUAUAAUAUAUUUUUUCAUUGGAGUUAUAUCUAAAAACAGCUUGCAAAAAACGGAAGAUCUCGUCUGCUGCCUUUCCCAUCCCUCCCCUUCUAACCCCGCCCAGAAUUUCUGUGACUUUCCAAUCACAGACUUCCCAAUGCAGCUCAAUGAGAAGUCUUUGCAAGGCAGGUGCUCUGGGUAAUUGCUGCUCUUGCUCUUGAGUUCAAUGGAAAUGAGCUAAUCAAACCAGGAACUAACAGGACCAGUUGUCUGCAUGAAAAACCAGACAGGCCCGGACUGGCCAUUAGGCAAAUGCCUGGUUUCUUUUCCUGACACUAUAGUGAUCCUUUAAAAAAAAAAAAAAAGUUUAUAUCCCCUCCUCCUUGAGACCUACCUUUUGCCAGGAAGGGGGGAAUUCAGAUCCUGGCUGGUACAGUGGGAGAAUCAUUUUGUCUGUACCCCCAGUGGGCAUCCUGGGGCCGUGGAUGAGAUCCACAACCCCUGGAUGCCCACUGGGGGUACAGACAAAAUUAUUCUCCCACUGUACCAGCCAGGAUAUGAAUUCUCCCCUUCCUGGCAAAAUGUAGGUCUCAAGGAGGGGGGAAUAAACUUUUUUUUUUUUUUUUUAAAGGAUCACUAUAGUGUCAGGAAAACAAACUUGUUUUCCUGACCUUAUAUAACCCUUAGGUACCCCCCUCACUCAGGGCCCCUCUCUAAAACCCCUCUCUAAAACCCCUUCAGCCACUUACCUCGGCGCUGGUGACCUUACCUCCCACUCUGACGUCAGCUCCCGGCCAGAGCCACGCGCACAUUAAAAACGCCUAUAGGAAAGCAUUUCUCAAUGCUUUCCUAUGGACUUUCUGCACGUAGAAUGCGAUUUUCGCAUUCAACGUUUCAGAAGCGCCUCUAGUGGCUGUUAGUAAGACAGCCACUAGAGGCUGGAUUAACCCUGCAAUGUAAACAUAGCAGUUUCUCUGAAACUGCUAUGUUUACAUCUGAAGGGUUAAAACCUGUGGGACCUGGCACCCAGACCACUUAAUUGAGCUGAAGUGGUCUGGGUGACUAUAGUGGUCCUUUAAGUAAUAAUUUUUCCUCCAUAUAUUUCACUCCCCCAUCCCACAUCACGGUUCAUAUCCCCCACUACUGUACUUACCCAUUAAGACAUCCCCCAUCAUGGCGCCUAUACCCCACAUCAAAGACCCCAUCCCCUACAUUACAGUUCCUGUACUGCCCCUAUCCCCAACACAGUCCCAUUAUCACAGCGCCUUUUCCUCACAUUUCAGCUCAUAUUUCCUUAUCACAUACCCUAUUCCCCAGCACAGCCCCUCUAAGUUUCUCUCCCCCACUACAGCCCCUGACCUAACACAGCCCUAUCCCCCUACACAUCACAGCCACUAUCCACUGCAUAUACUGCAGCAUAUACAGUAUCUCACAAAAGUACACCCCUCACAUUUACGUAAAUAUUGUCUCAUAUCUUUUCAUGUGACAACACUGAAGAAAUUACACUUUGCAAUGUAAAGUAGUAAGUGUACAGCCUGUAUAACAGUGUAAGUUUGCUGUCCCCUCAAAAUAACUCAACACACUGCUAUUAAUGUCUAAACCAUUGGCAACAAAAGUGAGUACAACGCUAAGUGGAACUGUCCAAAUUGGGCCCAAUUGGCCAUUUUCCCUCCCCGGUGUCAUGUGACUCGUUAGUGUUACAAGGUCUCAGGUGUGAAUAGGGAGCAGGUGUGUUAAAUUUGAUGUUAUCACUCUCACACUCUAUCAUACUGGUCACUGGAAGUUCAAUAUGGCACCUCAUGGCAAGGAACUCUUUGAGGUUUUGAAAAAAGAAUUGUUGCUCUACAUAAGAUGACCUAGGCUAUAAGAAGAUUGCCAAGCCCCUGGAACUGAGCUGCAGCACGGUGCUCUCCCUCCCCAGCCCCUUUGACUCUCCCCCAGCUCAUUUGGCUCUUCCCCAGCUCCUUUGUCUUUUCCUCCAGCCCAUUUGAGUCUUUGUCAUUCCCCCAGCCCUGCUGCAUACCUCUGUCUCCCCUUAGCCCUCCUGUGUGUUUCUGUCCCCCCCAUAGAUCCACUGUGUGCCUCUGCCUGCUCCACCUCCCCCCCCCCACACACACACACAUCCCCCUGUGUGCCUCUGUCUGCACCUCAACAGUUCUACUGUUUGUCUCUUUGUCCCCUCUCCCCAUGGUAGCUCACUUCUCUCCAUAUAGCUUGGCCGAACCAUAGACUGCAGUGGAGGUUCUUCUAUUUUGUCUACACGGUCUGACAGGAACAUAUUCUGUGCUCUCAGUGAGCAGUUGCCCUCAAACCAGAUAGAGGAUACAGAACAUCUUCUACUGCGGCUCAGCCAUGCUACAUGCAGUGAGGGGAGGAGUGUGCAUUGCGCUCCCCUCCUGAGUCAUCUGGACACUGUAUCCCCGGGCCAGUGUGCCCUAGGCGGCUGCCUAAUUCGCUAGUGGUUGCGUGGGCCCUGCACUGGCAUACCUACUUUGGGAAGUGUGCAUGACAAUGCUGAUGACACAACACACCCCUCUCUGAUCCAGCCUCCACCAGUAUUGGGCUGCUCUGCCUUUAAAUGCCCAGGCCCCAUUUUUGUCUCAGUCUGGCUCUGGUUGCAGGUAUCUGACUUUUAGUAGUGUGUGUUUGGUAAAAUGUGUUUUUGGAAAGCAACUUUAGGUGCUGAAACAACCAGCUUUGCUGGCAUGGUCUAUAUGUCGUAAUUAUGUUAUAUUUCAUGGCCAAACAUAUGACCAUCUAUUUCUCAUGAACACUUUUUUUGGCCUUCAACCAAUGUUUUUUUAAACCUUUCCAGCAUAUCUUGCCUGGAUCAUGAAAUAUGGGUGCCCUCCAUUAUAUUCAGCAAACCUUGUGAACCCAAGAUCUGUCUUUACUCUUAAUAAUUCUAAAUUACGUUUCUAUUUUAUUCUAUUCUGAUGUGGAAUUUUAUCACCUUCUCAGACUUUUAUUUAUUUUGUUUAUAAUUGGUCUCUAAGGUGCUGUAAAAUACACGACGACUGCUAUGGUGACUACAGUGAUGCGGGCUGUUGGUUUUACUUUGAUCCCUACUUGAUGUUUUAUUCCUACUCUUGUAAGGAUAAAAAUGUGACCUGCAGCAGUAAGUAAAUUAUCAAGACCUCUGUGAGACAGUUAUACAUGUGAUGUAAUUAAUGACAUCGGACUGGUGAGACCUCACUUGGAGUAUUGUACGCAGUACUGGGCACUGUAUCUCCAGAAGGAUAUUGAUACUUUAAAAAGAGUUCAGAGAAGGGCUACUAAACUGGUUCAUGGAUUGCCGGAUAAAACUUACCAGGAAAUGUUAAAGGAUCUUAACAUGUAUAAGCAUGGAGGAAAGAUGAGACAGGAGGGAUAUGAUAGAAACAUUUAAAUACGUAAAGGAAAUCAACACAGUAAAGGAGGAGACUAUAUUUAAAAGAAGAAAAACUACCACAACAAGAGAACAUAGUCUUAAAUUAGAGGGGCAAAGGUUUAUAAAUAAUAUCAGGAAGCAUUAUUUUAGGUAGUGGAUGCAUGGCAUAGCCUUCCAGCUGAAGUGGUAGAAGUUAACAAAGUGAGGGGGUUUAAGAAUAUGUGGUAUGGGCAUAAGGGUAUUCUAGACUCAAGAGACUAAUGCAAGUAUUAAGAAAAUUGGGCAGACUAGAUGGGGCGAAUGGCUAUUAUCUGCCGUCACAUUCUACGUUUCUAUCGUAAUGGUCAAUGUUUUUGCGUCACGAUUGGUGGUUUAACACACACAUCUACGUGGGCUCCACCAUGUGCUUUUACCAACCCCGUCCACUAGUUUACAGGCCUUAUCUCAACCACUUAGUCAUGUAUUAGACCCAUUGCUACUAUAAUACAUAUUACUUUUUGCUUAGCAUUCCAUAAUUCUGUCUUUUUGUCUAAUCCAGCUCAUGGAGUUUAGCUAGCCUGCUAGGGAUUACACUUGGGCCCCCCCAAAAAAUUUCGUUUAGUCCUAAUACAUUUGUAUGAAAAAAAAAAAAGUGUUUUUUUUCUAAUUUUAUCCAUUAGCUCAUUGGUUUUGGAUUGAAUUCAACCAUUAUUUUGGUCUCUGAAUUUCAUUUGUAUGAAUAAAAUUCUGCAAUGCAUACCGCAGGUGCAUUUUGCAGAUUACUCUGUAAAUUGUUAUCCUUUUGGGAUUGUCAUAUUUUAAUGGAGCGGCUUAGUAAACCGCUCCCUUAUUUGGUAUCUGUAUGGCAAUCCUACAUAAGGAUUAGGUAGCUAUAUACUCAGUAAAGUAGGUUAAAAGACUAAAAUCAAGAAAAGGAAGGUUUUCAUUUUCAUUUUGACCUUUCAGCUUCUUACCAAGUUAAAAAAAAAAAAAUGGUAUUAAUAAUUUCAGGGAGGUUUAACACCUCCCUCAUACCCCAACCCACCAUGUCGUGGUUAGUGGCAUGUAUACUAAACAGCGAGCAACCAGUGGCUUCUUACUAGGGCCGGACUGGCCCACCGGGAUACCGGGAAAUUUCCCGGUGGGCCGUCAGCACCUGGGGUCGGGCAGGCUCCCCCAUGCGGCCGACAUCAGAGCUCCCCCUGUGGCCGCCAGCACACAGGUAGCAAUUAUCUGGGUCUGUCUGUCAUUGUGUGUGUGUGUCAAUGUCUGUCAUGGUGUCUGUCUGUGUCAUUGUGUGUGUCUGUCAUGGUGUGUGUGUGUUUCUGUCUGUGUCAUGGUGUGUGUGUGUGUGCCUGUUGUGUCAUGCAAUGUGUGUGUGUGUGUCAUGUAAUGUGUGUCUGUCUAUGUCACGGUCUGUCUGUGUCAUGGUGUGUGUGUGUGUCUGUAUGUCCUGGUGUGCAUGUGUCUGUGUCACGGUCUCUCUGUGUCAUGGUCUGUGUGUGUCUGUAUCAUGUAAUGAAUGUCUGUGUCACGGCGUGGAUGUGUCUGUGUCACGGUCUGUCUGUGUUAUGAUGUCUUUUUUAAGGUAUGUGUCUGUCAUGGUAUGUGUGUGUGUCUCUGUCAUGGUGUGUGUCUGUGUCACGGUGUGUGUCUGUCAUGGUAUGUGUGUGUUUAUGUGUUUUUACUCACCUUUUUUUUUCCCCCACGUCGUGCUGGUCUCUCCUCGACUGGCCCUGCUUUUAUGGCUGAGAUCAUCAAGCUUGAUGAUCUCAGCCAAUCCGCACUGACACAGGAUGCACCUCUAGUGACCGUCUGAGUGUCUGUCACUAGGAAGCAAUGUUAAUACUGCAUUUUCUCUAAAAAGUCAGUGUUUACAUUGAAAAGCCUUCAGGGACAGGCUAUAGACACCAGAACCACUACAUUAAGCUGUGUGUGUGUGUGUGCGCGCACCUGCUAGUGAGUGGGCUGGCUUGUGUGUGUGUGUGUGUGUGUGUGUGUGCCUGCUACUGAGUGAGCUUGUGUUUUUAUGUCAAUGACAUUAUGUAUAUCAGUGAGAUUGUUUGUCUAUGAGGCUCUGUAUCCAUCCGCAAAAUUUUACUCUGAAAGGACCAAUAUUUUAUAUUGGAAAAAGCAAAAUAAAUAUAUAUAUAUAUAUAUAUAUAUAUAUCUAUAUCAAUCAUCUAAGACAUAGCCUUACAUAUUACAUGCGACAAUAUAUGGCGCAAUGACUUAUGGGGCUGGCAUAGAUUUUUUUCCAGGGCUGCUUUGGAAUCCCCAGUCCGGCCCUGCUUCUUACUGUCAUAAAAGACUAGCGACUGGCCAGCUACUGCUUCCCAGUUGCUAAUCCAAUAAAGUAAGACCUGGUACAAGUCCCUGUGCAUCCGUUGUGGGGCACCUAAUAAACAGGGAUGGGGACAAUUAAAAUAAACAGGUGGGACGGAGGGUUGUGUUUUUUAACUCGUGGCUAGUGGGAGUGGGUUCUAAAUAAUAAAGGGAGGGUGGAACUACUAUCCCCCCUUGCACCCCUACCCACUGGUGGCAGGUUAAAGUUGUAAAUAAUAAAGGGGAAUGUCUUCUUUUCAGCACAAGCCCCAUGAAAGGCCAAAUAAAAAUCCCACCCGCUGCACAUUGUAGGGGCUACGGGAACAAAGAUAUGUCUUAUCUCUUUCUAUACUCAUAGUCCCCACCCACAGGCCAUUGGGGUGCAGGGGUUGGACAGUAACAUGUUCACAUACCAAUAUUAAUAUUUACCCACACCCAAUGCACAGGCAUGGGGACCAGUACUAGGUUUCUCUAUGGUAAUUUACUUUGCCAAAGAGUUGCCCAGUCUUUAAGUAAUGGUUAGCAGUCAAUGGCAGACAAACACACCAAUACACAUUUCCAGACACUACCAGAACAUACAGAUUCAUUAGCCACCCUACUGGUUUUCUACUUUUCUGCUGCAGGAGGGUGGUUUUUCUAGGGUCUAGUGAGGAAAGUUCAGGUACUGGUUUCCAGUUUAUCUUGCCUUGUCAAACAGAAUUGUUUGUGCUGGGAAGUAAAGGUAUGAAAUCACAUCCUCCAAGCACUGCUGCAGAUGGCUAAGAAUGCAGUCCAGUUGUUCAAAAUAUUCUCUCUUAAACCAGAAUUGCGCCCUUGCAGGCCCCCUGGGCAAGUGGGUUGCUCCCUGCCACACUCACUGUGCCCACUUAAUGGCAUUCCUGAACGCAAACAUUGUGUCUAAGCCUUGGUUCAAAGUCUAUUGGUAAAAGUGGUAACUUGGUUUAAAGCGAAAUUAGGACACAACACCAGCUUAAUUCUAGUGUUUCCAAAGACCCCUUGGUCACAUUGAGUUUAGCAGCAGAAAAUGGCAUAAAUCAAUGUUAGUGAGUUAUUAUGAUUCUUUGAUACAAAUAACUCAUUUUAGUUGCAUUUAAGCUCCUCUGUUUUUAUUGAUUUGACAACUUUCACCAUAGCUCUCUUUUUCUCUGCACUGGUGUUUCCCCUCUCUACAUUCCUCCCAGUGUUCCUUAUCCAACUCCCACUAGAGAGGAUGUCCCCGGCCUUUAUUCAUGGCUCUCCAAAAGCACUGAGCCCCCUUAGUGGUUCAUUCUCAGAAAUUCAAUGGGAUGUGGGGUCUGAUAUCUUUUAAGGAUUCACAGUUUAUAAUAAGGAAUUUGAUUGAUUAGAAUAUUUUCAAAUAGAAUAGACAUUUAAAAAAAAAAAAAUUACUAUAUCUUUUGUACUACAGACAUUAAAAAGUGCAACACCAUAGAGAGUUUUAUAAUUAAAGGGACACUAUAGUCAACAUAUAAAAGCAAGAAAGGCAGGUCCCUCAGCCUUCCUUCUUGCUUUUAUAUGUACUUUCAUUUAAUAAAAAUUAUUUUCAAAGCGUUUUUAUAUUAAAAACUUACCUCCGUUCCAGCGCCGAUCUCCCCGCAAGGCCACGCCCCCUUUUUCAUCAAAAUGACAAAAUCGCGAGGCUCAAUCAGAAGCUUCUCUCAGACAAGCGUCAUCGCGAUGUGGUGCGCAAGCGCGGCUUUGCGCUGCACCAAUCGUGUUCUUCAUAGAGCGGCAUUGAAUGCCGCCCUAUGAAGACACUCAGCGCUAUACCGCGCAUGUUCACGGUAUGUGCGUUCGCGAGCUGACUCUCAGCUCGCUGUGUGUGCCCGCCCCCUCCUACGGCAACCCUCUUACUUCAAACUUUGUAUGCAAACACUAUAUAUUAAAAUGUCUCUAUAUAUGGUGUUUGCAUACAAACACACACAUAUUGUUAAACAUACACACACACUGUAAAUAAAUAUUGUUAAACACACAUACACACUAUUUCUACUUCUUUCUAUAUAUCUAUAUAUAUUUAUAUCUAUUUCUGUCUAUUUCUUUCAAUCUUUUUAUCUAUCUUUAUCUAUCUAUUUCUAUUUCUUUUUCAUUCGAUCUAUUUUUCUUCUAUCUAUUUCUUUCUAUCUAUGUCUAUCUAUCUAUAUCUAUGUCUAUAUAUUUCUAUCUAUUUGUUUCUGUCUAUCUAUAUUUUUCUAUCUAUUUCUAUCUAUUUCUUUUUCUUUCUAUCUAUUUUUCUUCUAUCUAUUUAUUUCUAUCUAUGUCUAUCUAGCUAUGUCUGUCUAUCUAUCGAUGUAUAUCUAUUUCUUUCUCUCUAUCUAUUUCUAUCUAUCUAUAUAUUUCUAUCUAUUUCUUUCUGUCUAUCUCUGUCUAUUUCGUUCUAUCUUUCUAUCUAUCUAUCUAUCUAUCUAUCGUUCUAUCGUUCUAUCUUUCUAUCUAUCUAUCUAUUUUUCUUCUAUUUUUUUCUUUCUAUCUAUGUCUAUCUAUUUAUCUAUCUAUGUCUAUCUAUCUAUUUCUUUCUGUCUAUUUCUAUCUAUCUGUCUAUUUCUUACUGUCUGUCUGUCUUUCUAUCUAUUAAUCUAUCUAUAUUUUUCUAUUUAUUUUUCUUCUAUCUAUUUUUUUCCAUCUAUGUCUAUCUAUGUAUUUCUUACUAUCUAUCUAUUUAUUUAUUUCUGUCUAUAUAUAUAUAUAUAUCUAUAUCUAUAUAUAUAUAUAUAUAUAGAUAUAGAUAUAUAUACAUAUUUCAAUCUAUCUAUUUCUAUCUAUCACUCUCUAUUUCCAUCUAAUUAUUUAUGUCUGUCUAUCUAUCUAUCUCUAUUUAUUUAUUUCUGUCUAUCUAUAUCUAUUUCUUUCUAUCUAUUUCUAUCUAUCACUCUCUAUUUCCAUCUAAUUAUUUCUGUCUGUCUAUCUAUCUCUAUUUAUUUAUUUCUAUCUAUCUAUCUAUCUAUCUAUCUAUCUAUCUAUAUAUAUAUAUAUAUAUAUUUCUAUCUAUCUAUUUCUUUCUGUCUAUCUCUCUAUUUCUAUCUUUUUUCUAUCUAUUUCUUUUUCUUUCUAUUUUUCUUCUAUUUCUAUCUAUCAUUCUAUCUAUCUAUCUAUGUCUGUCUAUCUAUCUUGUUCUAUCUAUCUAUCUAUCUAUCUAUCUAUGUCUGUCUAUCUAUCUUGUUCUAUCUAUCUAUUUAUUUCUGUCUAUCUAUAUCUAUUUCUUUCUGUCUAUCUAUUUCUAUCUAUAUCUAUUUCUUUCUGUCUAUCGAUUUCUUUCUGUCUAUCGAUUUCUUUCUGUCUAUCUAUUUCUUUCUAUCUAUCUUUUUCUUUCUUUCUAUUUUUAUCUGUCUAUUUCUAUCUAUCUAUUUCUAUCUAUCCCUCUCUAUUUCCAUCUAAUUAUUUCUGUCUUUCUGUCUAUCUAUAUCUAUUUCUUUCCAUCUAUUUCUAUCUAUCACUCUCUAUUUCCAUCUAAUUAUUUCUGUCUAUCUGUCUUUCUCUAUUUAUUUCUAUAUAUAUAUAUAUAUAUAUAUAUAUAUAUAUAUAUUUCUUUCUAUCUAUCUCUAUCCCACCCACACUGUCACCCACACUCACAAUCACUCAGUCACCCACACUCACUCACUCACUCACCCCCACUCACAAUCACUCACCUGCCCACACUCACAGUCACUAACACACACAGUCACCCACCCCCACUCACCCACACAGUCACCGUCUCACCCACACUCACACUGUCUCUCUCACACACUGUCUUUCACACACUGUCUCUCACAGUCUCAGUCACUGUCUCUCUCUCACUCACUGUCUCUGUCACUGUCUCUCAGACUCACUGUCUCUUUCACUCACACACUCACUCUAAAUUUUUUAAAUAAGUGUACUUACAGUUUGAAGUCAGAUCUCUGCAUCCUUCCGCUUUUGUCAGCUCCAGCCGACUCCCAGCGCUGCUGCUGCUGCUUCUGCUGCUUCUGCUUACAGCCUGCAGACAGGAUGCUUGUGCACAGUCAGAGCUGCCCUGCCUGCUGACAGCAGAUCUGAGUGGAUGGAGGCAUAUUAUGCCUCCAUCAACUCCGAAGUCCCUCUGGUUCACUCUGAGUGACUGCAACUGGAGGUGUUCCUAGCUUUCAAUGUAAACACUGUAUUUUCUCAGAAAAUAGUGUUUACAUGAAAAAGGCUGCAGGUAGCUAUAGUUCUCAUCUGAACAACCUCAUUAAGCUGAAGUUGUUCAGGUCACCAUAGUGUCCCUUUAAUGUGAACCUGAUGCCAGAUUUAAAGGAGAAGGUCUAUGAUGGAUAUUUGAUCAAUUAUGAAUAAUAUUGUCUGUUUAUAACUUGACGAACAUGUGUUCUCCUUCCCAAUACAGGUGACAACAAUGAGUGUGGGAUGCAUUUAUGCGAGUGUGAUCGAAAAGCUGCUCUAUGCUUCUCUACAGCAUCCUACAAUGAGACCAACAAAGACCUUGACAAAGACCAGCGCUGUAAAUAACAGAACAGAUACCUGGUAUGAGAGGUCCUGGCCUAAGCAUUAAUAUAUCUAUAUACACCAUCUCUCUAUUCCUAGAAUGCUGUGAUACCAACUAAAAACAGCCCUCUAUCUCUAUAUGAUCUUGAUAUGCUCAGUACCCACAUAUUAUGAGGUAUUACCUUUGCAUUCAUCCUUGAUUUCUGACAAUAUACCUGAACUGUUCCCUCUACUCGGUGUAUGUUGAUGGGCCCUUUAUCCAUUCCUACAGUUUUCUCAUUCUUGGUGUUUGGAUGCCUGCAAUGUUUAUUGUUCGGUACAUUUUUAUAAUCGGC